ACACACACACUUCAAUAGUGUUCUAUGUGUUCCUCAAUGGCAGAUCUCCUAAUGCCUAAGCUUAUAAAUCUGUUAUCAUCUCUUCUCCAGCGAGUAGCGGAAUCUAAUGAUCUAAACCGCUCGUUGGACACUCAGAAGUUAUCGAUAUUUAAUGCUUUGGUCCGGCCUGGUAUAAGCAUCCAGCAGUACUUGGAGCGGAUCUUCAAAUACGCCAAUUGCAGCCCGUCGUGCUAUGUUGUAGCGUAUGUUUAUCUUGAUCGGUUUGUGAAGAAACAACCAUUGUUGCCGAUUAAUUCGUUUAAUGUUCAUCGAUUGCUCGUUGCUAGCGUCCUUGUUUCGAUCAAAUUCAUGGAUGACAUAUGUUAUAACAAUGCAUACUAUGCUAAAGUUGGAGGGAUAUCAACGGCUGAGAUGAACUUGCUAGAAGUUGAUUUCUUAUUCGGAUUGGGGUUCCAAUUAAACGUGACACCAAACACAUUUUAUGACUACUGUAUGUAUCUCCAAACAGAGAUGAUGACGGGGUUGACGGGGUUUCCUCCUGUGUGCUCACCUCCACCGGUUCCUACGAUAGGCGCGGAUCAUUGUUCGAUCAACGAUGAUGAUUGUCAAUCUCAACAUCAUCAACCACAGCUAGCUGUUUAGUGAGAAAUGGUGAUUAUUAAUCAACUAGUAAGCUACAUUCCAGCUAUAAGGAUUUUUGGAGAUCAGAAAUGUGGGUUGACUUUACAAAAAAGUCAACAUUUCUCAUUGUUUGACUUUUGUUGACAUUGUAUGAUUACAUGUUUAGAUGUAAUAUACAUCUAUCUGAGGUUGGAAUGGCUUACAAUGGAUCUUUUGUCCCAUUUGACUCGUUUGUUUGAUCCGUUUAGUUAUUAAAUCGUUUUUUUAAUCUAAA